AUGGAUUUAUUUGAUGCAAAUGGUAAUGGAAAAAGGGGUCCUUUUAUAGAAACGGGAGUCAUCGGACAGCAUCGGCAUUUUUCUGACAGUGAAUCUCAUUGUCCCGAUUUAGAUUACAUAUAUGACGACACAGAUAGUCAUGUUAAUGAAAUAGCAGAAUUGUACAGUUAUACUGAACAACCAGAGUUUCAACUUAAUGUGAACGCUUUUGAAGAACAAAUGGAAUUAUAUAAAUUACCCCCUUCUUGGCAAAAACUAACUGACAAUCAACAAAAAUCAGUAAUAAUGAAAUUAUUAGAUCAAUUAGAAGUUGCUGACAAUGCAGUCAGAAUAAAAGCUGCUCGAUGCUUUCUGUAUUUAGCUCAAGGAUGCUGGGCAGAGGUUCAAUCUGAUUAUGAGCAACAAAGUUGGACCAAGAAAAAUGCUCUCUUGAUGUAUAAAUGUUGUGUGUUUCCAGCUUUUGUUGAACUCUUAAAUAUUGAAAUAGAAAAUAGUAUAACAGCAAAUGAUGCCAUGAAAAAAAUAUCAGCCAAUUUGUCAGAUUCUGCUGAUCUAAGGGUGAUACUCAGUGUAUUGUAUAUUAUUAUAGAAGUUAUAAGAUUAAUUAAUGAAAAUGAUUCUGAAAAUGAUAGAGAAAUUAAAGAAAAUUUAAAAGCUGAUUUAGAAUCUGAAUUUAAUGAUGAACUACUGCAAAUCAAACUGUUAGGUAUGAUCACUAAAUUUUGUUCUGGUUCUGCACCACAUUUUCCAAUGAAAAAAGUACUUCUUUUGUUAUGGAAAAUUAUAUUAUUGACUUUGGGAGGUAUGGAAACCCUUAAAAAAUUGAGGAAAGAAUAUAGAAAACAAGCUGGCCUUGAAAACACAGAUGAAGAUACAAUAGAAAUUACAAAAACUAUGAGAUCCUCUAGUCCCCCAACUAGUGGCACAGAUAUACUAGAAGCUCAGCAUCAAAAGCGAGCUGCCAGAUUAAUCAGAAGAAGUUUAUUAAAGCAAAAUUCAUUGGAUGAGCCUGGAUUAGAAAUGAAUGACUCUGCUGAAGAUGAUGAAAUUCGUGAUUACGAAGAACCGCAACCUUCUUCAGAAAAUGAUUGCAUAAAUGAAGUGAAUCAAGAAACUCCAGUUAUAAGGUCCAGUACUCCUGAUUCGGGAAAAGGUCUUCCAUGGUUACCCAAAGUGAGACAAAAAGAUUUAGAUCUUUUUUUAGAAAAUACGAGAAUUAAAUUUGUAGGAUAUUCUUUGCCAGGGGAUAGGGAAACGUUAGUUGGUUUACCCAGGCCUAUAUGUGAAGGUGUUAAAGUGUUGAAAAGCCAUAUGUUUACGAGUUUAUCAGAAGUGCAUAUUUCCAGAGAAGAAAUUAUGUCGAAAAAUCCAUUUUCAAAAAAAGAAAGCAUGGUCAAAUUGACACCUGCGGAAACUCUUUAUCAAGCAAUGUUGCCCAAUCUUCCCCAGUACAUGAUAGCUUUAUUAAAAAUUUUAUUAGCUGCCGCUCCUACAUCAAAAACUAAAACGGAUUCAAUUAAUAUAGUAGCCGAUGUUCUUCCGGUUGGCAUUCCAUUUACAAAAGUUCAAAGUAUGAAACUAGGAAUAGAUGUUAACCGUCACAAAGAAAUAGUUGUUAAGGCUGUUUCGGCUAUUUUGUUAUUACUUUUGAAACACUUUAAAUUAAAUCACAUUUAUCAAUUUGAAUUUAUGUCUCAACAUUUAGUGUUUGCCAAUUGUAUUCCCCUUGUUUUAAAAUUUUUCAAUCAAAACAUAUUAGCUUAUGUUUCCGAUCGUAAUGUUAUUCCGAUUCUCGAUUUUCCAACUUGUGUGAUCGGAGAUCAUGCCGAAUUAAAAUGCAACGCACUCGAAUUAGAAGUGGGAGAUAAUCUUCCUUAUUCAUGGAGAAAUUUAUUUACUUGUAUUAAUUUAUUAAGAAUUUUAAACAAACUUACAAAAUGGAAACAUUCUAGAAUAAUGAUGCUUGUUGUUUUUAAAUCUGCUCCCAUCCUUAAAAGAACUUUAAAAGUAAGACAUGCUCUUAUGCAAUUGUACGUUUUAAAAUUGUUAAAAAUGCAAACAAAAUAUUUGGGCCGACAAUGGCGGAAAACCAACAUGAAAACUAUGAGCGCCAUUUAUCAAAAAGUUAGACACCGACUCAACGAUGAUUGGGCUUUUGGAAAUGAUUUAGAUGCGAGGCCGUGGGAUUUUCAGGCUGAAGAAUGCGCCCUUCGUCCAUGUGUUGAUCGUUUUAACAAUCGCAGAUACAAUAACACGGUAGCUAAUCCAGAAUUGGAACCUGUAGAUUCCUGUGUAAUAUCUGUUUUAGGGAAACAUUUUGAGUUAAGUGACGAAUUUAAACAGCAUUAUGAAGUUUGGCUCGAACAAGAAGUUAUGAAAAUGAACGUUGAUUGGGAUUUACUUUUAUGUAAAGGUUACAUGGGUUAA